CACCAACCGCAUAACCCCCAACUCCUCCCAAACCCCCAACAAUGCCAGACCCAACGCACAUCAACACCACCACGCCCCCACCCCCUCCCCCAACCGUCACCUUCCCCACCAUCCCCUCUCCUCUCCUCACCUCGACAAAAGCCUUCGUCAAGACACAACGAAACAUAAUCGAAUGCUUCCAACCCUCCACCAUCACCGAGACCAAACCCGUCUCCCGAGCCCUAGCCAACCAGCGCCUCGUCCGCGUCUUCGGCAUCGACAACGUCUUCACCAACGCCGAUGACCCAGUGUACCGGAAACGAUUCACGCAGCAGUCGACGCGCAAGAUGCGCGUUGCCAUUGGUCUCAGCGCUGAAUCGGAAGUAAAGAAGAAAGGCAAGGAUAACAGCAACGACAGCACAAACGCCCAUGCCCAUCUCCCAGAAACAGAAGCAGAAAACGAGAACUGGGAAGACCUUCGCGCCGCCGCCCGCACCACCGUGAACGAAUUCCUCACACGCAGCAGCAGCAGCAGCAGCACGGGGGCCGAAGCAGCAGUCAACGUCGUAGACUUCGCACAAUACGUAACCCUCAAAGUCUCUUUGAAAUAUCUCUUCCCCGACGCCUCCCCUUCGGCACCAGGCUCUCCUUCUGCCGAGUUUGCUUACAUCCAGUUCAUCGGGCAGCGCAUCAACGAGCUCUGGCUCGCGUCCAAGAACCCACAUGAUACCACUACGUCUUGGAAGGACGAGACGCGGCUUCACGAAGCGUUGCUAGCCGUGACGGCCCCGCGGGCUACCUGGAUGCGGAGAAUCGCGCGUGCACUCGAGUAUAUCCCCGGGCUAGGAUCGCUGUUUCGAUAUCUGUUCGGCGUGAGGAAGGAGGACGCGGAGCCGCAUCCUCUGGAUCCGACGCGGAAUCCCAUGAAUUGGCUACUGCCUGCCUACGAGACGAUGUGGCGGGUCGUCAUGCGUUGUGUUUUGGAGGUCGGGUACCGGGGUGCUGGAGACGCGGAUGUCUGGAAGCGGGUCAUCGCGGAGUAUGUCUCGGGGGAUGCCGAGUUCCGGAGGAGGAAGAAGAAGAAGAAGAACGAGAGCGACGGUGGAUAUGAUGGAGCAGGCGACGUGGACCUAACACAGGAUCUCAGGGCCAUGGAUAUCACGCGUGAAAUCCUGCGCCUCUACCCACCCGUGACGCACAUCCAUCGCCGCGUCAACAAAACUUCUCCCGAGAUCCUGAAGGCCGACAUACUCGCCUGCCACCGCAAUCCCCUGCUCUCGCAUAACGACCCAGAUGUCUUUCGACCUGAACGUUGGAUCCAGAUUGAGCGGGACAUUGAGGACUACCUGUCGCGCACGGAUCCGACGAAGAGCCGGAAGAGAGAGGAGCAGGAGAGGGGGUUUCUUCCUUUUGCUGCGGUGUGUCCGUCUGAUCGUGGGGAGACGCGGGGGUUCGGGAUGAAGAUGAUCGCCCUGUUGACGGGUGUGAUGUUGGAGGGUUUGGGCGGUGGGUGGCAACUGGAUAAGCAACUGCCAGAGAUUGGCACUGCGCUAGAAGGCGGUAGGACCUCAUAUCUGGAUUUGCAUCUGAAGAGGUUGGGAGAUGGGGAUGGGGAGCAGGAAGAAAGAGGGGUGUGA